GCGCAGUAGCGGACUGGGUGUAGUCUGGAGUCCCGUCUUUUCCUGCUGGAGUUUGGAGUUGGUGCAUGGCGGCGGACACAAAGAGCUGAGGCCCGAGCUCACACACACUCUCACACACACACACUCACACGGCACAAGCAGCCGGGACACGAGCUCUGGACGCGGCCUGGAGCGAAGACAAUCCGCCGCUGCAUGUUCUCACUCGGUGGCUGAAGCUGUUUCCUGUCGGUAACCGGAUCGUUACCGCAAACUUUUGGACAAGUUCAGGGAGAGUUUUUUUUUCUUGUGCUCGGAGACGGAGAGGACUGAAAAAAUGCGGAGUGUGAUCCGGGCUCUGGUGGCUUGGAGCUGGGUGGCGGUGGUGUGUGUGCGCGCUGCCAUGGAUGAGUGUUCGGACGAGCAGAACCGAGCGCAGCGCUGCAUGCCCGAGUUCGUCAACGCCGCUUUUAACGUCACCGUGGUGGCGACCAACACCUGCGGCUCUCCGCCCGAGGAGUACUGCGUGCAGACCGGCGCCACCGGGGUCACCAAGUCCUGCCACAUCUGCGACGCCCGGGACCCCAGGAACCACCACAGCGCCGCGGACCUGACCGACUACAACAACCAGCAGGAUACCACCUGGUGGCAGAGCCAGACCAUGCUGGCGGGCAUCCAGUACCCGAACUCCAUCAACCUCACCCUGCACCUCGGGAAGGCAUUUGACAUCACCUACGUGCGGCUCAAGUUCCACACCAGUCGCCCGGAGAGCUUCGCCAUCUACAAGCGGACCAGCGAGGGCGGCCCCUGGGUGCCCUACCAGUACUACAGCGGCUCCUGCGAGAAGACCUACCAGAAGGUGAACCACGGCUUCAUCCGCACUGGAGAGGACGAGCAGCAGGCGCUCUGCACCGAUGACUUCAGCGACAUCUCGCCGCUCACUGGAGGAAACGUGGCCUUCUCCACACUGGAGGGACGACCCAGCGCCUACAACUUCGACCACAGCCCCGUCCUCCAGGACUGGGUGACGGCCACCGACAUCAGAGUGACCCUGAACAGGCUCAACACGUUCGGAGACGAGGUCUUCAAUGACCCCAAGGUCCUCAAGUCCUACUACUACGCCAUCUCUGACUUCGCUGUGGGAGGACGGUGUAAGUGUAACGGCCACGCCAGCGAGUGUGUGAAGAACAGCAGAGGACGGUUGGUGUGUAACUGCAAACACAACACGGAUGGCGACGACUGCAACAUCUGCAAACCGUUCUACAACGACCGGCCGUGGAGGAGAGCGACCGCCGACAACGCCAACGAGUGUCUGCCCUGUGACUGUAACGGGAAGAGCGCCGAGUGUUACUUCGAUGCUGAGCUGUACCGGGCCACAGGUCACGGAGGUCACUGCAGGAACUGUGCCGACAACACCGAUGGGCCCAACUGCGAGCGCUGCCUCGACAACUACUACAGAGACCCGAGCAGCAGCCGCUGCCUGCCCUGCGGCUGCAACAGCGUCGGCUCGGAGUCUCCUCAGUGUGACAACAGAGGUGUGUGUGCGUGUAAACCAGGAGUGAGCGGAGAGAAGUGUGACCGCUGCCAGCCAGGGUACCACAGUCUGACCGAGGCCGGCUGCAGGCCUUGUUCUUGCUCGCCGUCUGGCAGCACUCAGGAGUGUGACGUCAACACGGGACAGUGUCGCUGCAAAGACAAUGUGGAGGGCUUCAGCUGUGACAGGUGUAAACUGGGUUACUUCAACCUGGACCCCAACAACCCUCAGGGCUGCACCCCCUGCUUCUGCUUCCAGCACUCGUCUGUGUGCGACAGCGCCGAGGGCUUCAGCGUCCACACCGUCACCUCCUCCUUCUACAGAGAUGAUGAGCAGUGGAGCGGUCAGCAGCGUGAUGGUUCCAGUGUCUCCGUCCAGUGGUCUCCCAGCGGACAGGAAAUCUCCCUCAUCUCAGACGACUACUUCCCCAUGUACUUCGUAGCCCCAGAGAAGUUCUUGGGGAACCAGAUGUUGAGUUACGGACAGAACCUGAGUCUGAGUUUCCGGGUGGAUCGGCGAGACACUCGGCUGUCGGCGGAGGAUCUGGUCCUGGAGGGCGCCAACCUGAGGGUGGCCGUCCCGCUCAUCGCCCAGGGCAACGCCUAUCCCAACGAGAACAUGCAGACAUACGUGUUCAGGCUCCAUGACAGCACAGAUUACCCCUGGAGGCCGACCAUCAGCCACGCCGACUUCCAGAAACUUCUUCACAACCUGACCGCCAUCAAGAUCCGCGGCACCUACAGCGAGAGGAGUGCAGGUUACCUUGACGACGUCUCUCUGGUAACGGCGAGGCGCGGUCCAGGUGUUCCGGCCCGCUGGGUGGAGCGCUGCACCUGUCCUCAGGGUUACCAGGGGCAACACUGUGAGCAGUGCACCGUGGGAUACCGCCGCGCCCGACCGGAGCUCGGAGCCUUCAGCUCCUGUGAGCCGUGCAACUGUAACGGACACAGCGAGGCCUGCAACCCCAACACAGGAGCGUGUGACUGUCGGGACAACACGGCCGGUCUGAGCUGUGAACGCUGUAAAGACGGUUACUAUGGCGACGCCACCCGUGGGUCGUCGAGCGACUGUCAGCCCUGUCCCUGUCCGGCCGGAGCCACCUGCGCCAUGGUCCCUAAAACCAGAGAGGUGGUCUGCACCAACUGUCCCGCAGGAACCACAGGUAAGCGCUGCGAGCUGUGUGACGACGGCUUCUUCGGCGACCCCCUGGGUCAGAGCGGCCCGGUGCGAGCCUGCCGCGCCUGCAAGUGCAGCGACAACAUCGACCCCAAUGCCGUCGGCAACUGCAACCGCGAGACCGGAGAGUGCCUCAAGUGCAUCUACAACACCGCUGGCUUCUUCUGUGACCGCUGCAAGGAGGGUUUCUACGGCAACGCCCUGGCCACCAACCCCGCCGACAAGUGCAAACCCUGCUCCUGCUCUCCGUUCGGUACGGUUGGUCGACAGACGAGCUGUUCUCAGGUCACCGGUCAGUGUCAGUGUCUCCCCAACGUGGCCGAGCGCGACUGCAGUGCCUGUCAGCCCGGCUUCUUCAACCUGCAGAGCGGCAACGGCUGCGAACGGUGCAACUGUAACCCGAUUGGCUCCACCAACGGUCAGUGUGACAUCAUCACAGGACAGUGUGAGUGUCAGCCUGGCGUCACCGGACUGCACUGUGAGCGCUGCGAGGUCAACUUCUUCGGUUUCAGCUCGUCUGGAUGCAAACCCUGCGACUGCGACCCCGAGGGCUCCCAGUCAGGUCAGUGUAAGGAGGACGGGCGCUGUGAGUGUCGGCCCGGCUUCGUCGGCGCUCGCUGCGACAUGUGUGAGGAGAAUUACUUCUACAACCGCUCAGCUCCGGGCUGCCAGCAGUGUCCCUCCUGCUACAGCCUGGUCAGAGACAAGGUGAACCAGCAGAGGCAGAAGCUGCACGACCUGCAGACUCUGAUCGACAACCUGGGCUCGGGUCAGGACACCGUCAGCGAUAAGGCCUUCGAGGACCGGCUGAAGGAGGCGGAGCGCGCCAUCAUGGAGCUGCUGGUGGAGGCGCAGACCAGCAAAGACGUGGACCGAGGUCUGCUGGAUCGCCUCAACAACAUCAACAGCACUCUGACCACCCAGUGGAACCGACUGCAGAACAUCCGCAACACGGUGGACGACACCGGCACGCAGGCCGACCAGGCCCGCCACCGAGUCCGAGACGCCGAGAACCUGAUCGACCGAGCCCGGCAGGAGCUGGACAAGGCCAAGGACGCCAUCAGCAAAGUGGACAUCAAGCCCCCCAGUGGCACCGGAGAUCCAAACAACAUGACGUUGCUGGCGGAGGAGGCUCGGACGCUGGCUGAGAAGCACAAGAUGGACGCCGACCAAAUCGAGAAGAUCGCCAAAGACGCCAACGACACGUCGACCAAAGCGUACAACCUGCUGCUGAAGACUCUGGACGGAGAGAGCAGGACAAGUCAGGAGAUCGACGAGCUCAACAAGAAGUACAACGAGGCGAAGGAGCUGGCCAAGAAUCUGGAGAAACAGGCCAACAAGGUUCAGGCCGAGGCCGAAGACGCCGGAAACAAAGCUCUGAAGAUCUUCGCCAACCUGACGAGCAUCCCGCCGUUUGACACCAAAGCUCUGGAGGAUGAGGCCAGUAAGAUCAAGAAGGAGGCGUCGGACCUCGACAAGCUCAUCGACAAGACGGAGAAGGAGUACAACGACCUGAGAGACGACCUGAGGGGUAAAGAGCAGGAAGUGCGCAAACUGCUGGAGAAAGGCAGAAGUGAGCAGCAGACGGCAGAUCAGCUGUUGGCUCGAGCCGACGCUGCCAAAGCUCUGGCUGAGGAGGCGGCGAAGAAGGGACAGUCCACCUACAGGGAGGCAGAGAGCAUCCUGGACGACCUCAGAGACUUUGACAAGAGAGUCAACGACAACAAGACCGCGGCUGAGGAAGCUUUAAAGAAGAUCCCCGCCAUCAACGACACCAUCAUAGCCGCUAACCAGAAGACCAAGCAGGCGGAGGCGGCUCUCGGCAACGCGGCCGCUGACGCCCGAGAGGCCAAGAACAAGGCAGAGGAGGCCGAGAGGAUCGCAGGCAACGUGCAGAAGGGCUCUGCCAAGACCAAGGAGGAUGCAGAGAAGGCCUUCCAGGACACCACCAAGCUGGACAACGAGGUGAGCGACAUGAUGGACCAGCUGGACGCCGCGGAGCAGGAGCUGGCCAGGAAGAAGGCCGAGGCCGACCAAGACAUGAUGAUGGCUGGAAUGGCGUCAGACAACGCGAAGGAGGCGGAGGACAACGCCCGCAAGGCCAAGAGCGCCGUGAAGACGGUCCUGAGCACCAUCACCGCCCUGCUGGAUCAGCUGGGAAACAUCGACAAGGUGGACCUGAGCAAACUGAACCAGAUCGACGAGUCCCUGAAGAGGGCCAAGGGCAAGAUGGGCGACAGCGAGCUGGACAGGAAGCUGACGGAGCUGAACGACGUGGCGCGGACUCAGGAGGACAUGAUCAACGACUACGACCGGCAGAUCCGCGAGAUCCGCGCCGACAUCGCCAACCUCAACGACAUCAAGAACACGUUACCCGACGGCUGCUUCAACACGCCGUCUCUGGAGAGGCCUUAACCCCGCCCUCCUCCGCCUCCAACACUCCCCCUUCACGUCUAACACUCUGGCGAACAUGCCAACUUUUACCAAAACAGUUUUUAAACCUUUUUGUUUUUUGUUUUUUGUUCUCAGAUUCUUGUCUUUGAAGCCAACAUUUCAAGCCACGUUCACGGUUUUUAACAAAAGAGAAGCAGCUGUUUUUGUUUUGUUUUUAGUUUUUGUUUUGGAGACGCAGUAACGUGGUUACGGUAGAAUGAACUAAGCGGCGUAGAGAAGCCGUGCAGAGAGGUGGAAGAGCCUCGGAGAAAAACCAGAACCACAAACCCGACGUGACUGCACCCGUCUGCACAGACAGGAAGUUCCUCUUACUUCGAGGAGUGUCUGCUCGUAUUACCCAUCAUGCCCGGGACACGCCAGCUACAUUUACAGUUUUCAGCCAGCUGAAUGCACGGCUACCCACUGUUAGAGCGCCGCUGUCCUCGGCGUUCUUUUUUUGUUUUGUUUUUGUUUGGUUUUUUGUUUUCAUUUUUACACCAACCGUGUUUUCAGAAACCACAGUGAAGGAAUCCUCUCUUCUUUUCUCCCAAAGCUUCGUGCCUACCACACAAACAGCAGAGGAAGAGUGUUCUCUUUUCUUCAACAGUAUUUUCGCCUCCAGUGGGUUGUGAUGUCGAGUAAAGCCACGCCCACGCCGCUGGCGAAUAUGAAGCCUCUGAAGCCCUGACAAAAUCAGUUUAUAAAUCUUGUGUGCACAAGACAAUUUAGUUUCUUGUUCCUAAGUGUUCUGGAGCCGAAGGUUAGAAGAUAUUUUCUUGCGUGAAUAGAUAUCAACGUGCGCACACAACUUUUGGAUCGUGUGGGAACAAAAUAGUAACUUGUGCAUGCAAAUGGGACGUAAAAUGGUAUCAUGUUAUCAUCAUAUGGAUCUGAGUUUAGAGUAAAAUAUACUGGAUUGUUCCCACAACAUAUGUUUCUUCCAAGGUAUGGAUCUUGAGUUGAGGCAGAUACUGUCUUGCACGCUCAAGAUAUUUACCUGUUCCCACAAGAUACGGAUGGUGUGGGAACGAUAUUGUCUUGUUCCCACAACAUCGUUGUCUUCUUUCAUAUCUCAUAUCACAACCUGCAUGUCUUGUGGGAACAAAAUUGUAAAUUGUCCGUAAAGGUUAUUCAGUUGUAUGCAUAAUAUAUGGAUGUUUUGGGAACACACUAAAGGCCUGAACAUACUCGGGCGUACUAUGAGCGGAGCGGACUCUGCGAGGAAUGUCGGCAGUCAUUCGGGCUUUCAUAGACGAGCGCACUUCUGCAUUGUAGUUUCCUGUAAAAAUGUCCGUGAAAAAUCCCCGCGAUGUGAAAAAUACACGCCGAGCAGUCACUGGUGCGCAGAGUGGAGUCCGCGCAGUUGUAAAAUCUGAGCUUUGUGCGCACAGGGCUUGCGGACGUCCACUUUGAGUCCGUGCGGACCUCCGUGGAGUCCGUUCCAUGUACGUUCCGCCCGAGUAUGUUCGGGCCUUAAGUGAAUAUCUUGUUACUCCAAGAUCCCACGUGUCGGUGGGUUAUGUUUAUAAGUCAUUAUCUUCUAUGCGUAAGACAUUAUCUUGGGUGCCAAGUUACUAUUUGGUUCCCAAAAGAAUUGGAUGUCAUCUUAGUGUUAGAGUUGCUCGUUGUUGUCUUGUACAUGCAAGAUAUGAAGUUGUUCCCACGGCGAACAUAUCUUGUGGGAACAAGAUAGUAACUUUCUCGUAGAGGAUAUCAACUUGAAUGCACAGUCUGUGGAUGUUUUGGGAACAAGAUGAGUGAAUAUCUUGUUACUCUGAGAUCCAUACAAUUUAAUAUCUUGUCCCCACAUGAUGUAGGGUUACGUUUACAAGUUAUUAUCCUCUAUUUGCAAGACAUUAGCUUGUGUGCCAAGUUACCUUUUUGUUCCCAAAAGAAAUGGAAGUCAUCUUAGCGUUAGAGUUGCCCGUUAUUGACUUGCGCACGCAGGAUAUUUGCACCUCGCUGCACGUCGUGUGCACACAAGGUAAAGAAAAAGCUUUCAGGACGUCAGCGGCUCCGUAGGCGCGUCUUUCAAUCAGCUCUGACACUUCUCACCACGUUCAAACACUAUUUGAUGUUCUGAUGUUUUAACACCACGGCCUUUUUCUUGUUCUUGUCCCAGAAGUUGCUGCUUAUCACUGGUGUUUUUACCCAUCACACAUUAACAUUUCUCUUCCAGGCUAAAUCCAACACUAUGCAACUUUGUACAUUUUGCGUAGCGAGAAUUUUAUCUGAUACACUGGUGCUAAUAAUUAUUUCAAAUGUUAUAUUUUUGUGUGAAUGUUUUUUAUUAUGACUUAGAGUGAGGAAUUUGUUAUUUGUGUAAAUAUAUGCUUAAAUGAUUCAGGACUGGCUGAUUCCAAGAAAUAAAACUCCAACAUGCAAACAGCCACAUUAUCACAAUCAAUCAACUGAAACCUCCAGGUUAAAUCUAUAUAUGAAUAUCUAUGAUAACGUCUGUGGUAUGUUAUUAUUAUAAUAUGCUUGCUUGUAUACAAGGCUCCAUGUUGCUGCCUCAUAGCGAUGCCAAUAUUUGUGUUUUUAUUGAUUCACAAGUUAAUUCACCCUAACUGAAUUUUUUUGUUAUGUUUUGACCCUUUGACCUAUCAGGACAUCACAUACUGAAUUUUAUUGGCUUGACUUCAUGGAGAUAACGAGCGCGCUCACACGUUGCUACAGUAGUUAACUGUUUUUAAUUAGUGUUUUUGUGCCUUAAUAUAAAGUUUGGUUGUAAUCACAGUCCCGUCGAGGGGCGUCCAUGUUGUAUCUCACAGAUAUGUCCUCAUCGUCUUCGUUCCCUCACGCCAUCUCCUCGUGUCAGUACUGAAGCAGGGUUUUGUUUUUUUUAAAUCAGGUCCUGAAUACAGAAAACUGCAAAAAAUCUUCACCGUCAGCUUCUGCAGAGAAACAGCUGAUAAAACCUGAAAAGUGUCUGACUGACUGGUGAAAGAGAAUCUGACAUGUCGACCAGGAGAACUGGACUCUCUCUGACUUGUUACUGUCAUUUUAUUUUCCUCCCUCCAUCCAGACGGCCGCUCUGCAGGACGUGCAGCUCACACACACACACACACACACGAUGUAUAAACAGUAUUUUAAGUUAUAAUGUACCAGUUAUUUGUAUCGUAACUAUGUUGUCUUAGGCGGUGAUGUGUGUGUGCUGCUCAGCCUGUGGGCGCCGCUGUGCUGUGUUUCGUGACGUCAUUGUCUCCAGCCCUGUGAGGACCUGAGUGAACCCUGUCUGUCCCCAUGUGCCUGUAAAUCCAAACUUAACAUUUGAGUAAUAAAAAUUACUACAGGAACCA